AUGGGGCUGGGCUGGCUAUGGGGCUGGGCUGGCUAUGGGGCUGCCCCACACAGGUGCUGCAGAAGUCGCUGUCGGUGGUGAAGGCCCACUGGAGGGAGCACCAGGAUUACGCCUUCGCCUGCGAGCAGCUCAAAUCCAUCCGCCAGGACCUGACGGUGCAGGGCGUCCGCACGGAGCUGACGGUGGAGGUGUACGAGACGCACGCGCGCAUCGCGCUGGAGAAGGGCGACCACGAGGAGUUCAACCAGUGCCAGACGCAGCUCAAGUCCCUGUAUGCCGAGAACCUGCCCGGCAACGUGGGGGAAUUCACGGCCUACCGCGUGCUGUACUACAUGUUCACCAGGAACUCGGGGGACCUGACGACGGAGCUGGCCUUCCUGACCCCGGCGCUGCGGUCCGACCCGGCCGUGUCUCACGCGCUGUCGCUGCGCGCCGCCUGGGCGCUGUGCAAUUAUCACCGCUUCUUCCGCCUCUAUCGCUCCGCCCCCCCCGUGGCCGCCCGCCUCAUCGACAAAUUCGCCGAGCGGGAGCGCAGGGCCGCCCUCAAAGCCAUGAUCAAAACGUAUGUGGGGCCGCGGGGAGCCGCCCGGGCCCUCGCCCUAUAGGGGACCCCGCAGUGGGGUCGGCCCGGGGGGUUUU